AUGUCUGUCCCAGUCGUCAUCGUUGGCCAGAACCCCAACCUCGCUACCCACGCCAUCAAGUACCUCGCUCCCGAGUACGAGGUCGUUGCCUUCGUCGAGAGCCCCGAGGAGGCCGCUUCUGCCAUCCCCGCCUUCCUGGCUGGCGCUCCCGCCCCUGUCUCCAGCCCUCUUGGCUCCCAGGACUUCAGCAAGGGUAUCAAGGCCGUCAUUGUCGGCGGAACCUACGAUGAUGCCAAGUUCCAGGCUGCCAAGGCCGCUGUCCCUCAGUCCUCUGUCCCUUGGUUGCAGUACGAUGCUUCCAAGCCUGAGCCUACCCACGACGCCGCUGGCGGUGCCGAGCUGAUUGCUCGUAUCAAGGCUGCCUUGGCUGGUGUGGACUUCGACUCUGACUCUGUCACCCUGUACUAG